GACGUUUUUGAGUAGCUCUUUAAAUAAUUCGCUUAAGACUUUCUGCAUCAAAAAGCCUCUACGGAUAGUAAGUUAGUAAAGUGCAAGUGAUGAAUUUUGAUCUGGACGAUCCGCUGGACGGUUUGCUGAGCGAUGGCAGCAACGAUAGCUUGUUCGGUAAUGAGGGGACGAAAAAACCAGCCAAAGCAAGCAAAUCAAGUAAAAUGGAAGAUUUGUUUGGUAUCAAAUCGACGGAGGCUCCGAAGAGUGUUAUCAAAUCGGAACAACCGGCCGUCUCUGGUGCUCCGGAUAGGAACCAACCCGCAUCGCUGGACUACUCGAAGCCCUCGACAUCAGCGACCGUGCAGCAACCUACGAGCUUAACGAGUGUACAAGGCAAGAAAUCUGGAACGCCGGCCAAAGGGACGAAUGCCCCGGCGCUCAAGCCACAAACACCCCAGAAAAAGGAGAUUUCAUUCGAUGAUAGCGACCUACUGUCGGAUCUUGGCUUCGAUCCCAAGAAACCCAAGUCCAAAUCAAGCAUCCUGGACGAUAUUCUCGGCGGACCUUUGGUGGCUUCGACGAAGGAAGUACCGGCCAAGAGUGUGGUCGCCAAACCGAGAGCGAGCCUUACGACAACGAAAGAGGAAGGACCAUCGACCACGACCACUACGGGCAAUCUAUCCCGUCAGUCGACGGAAACGUCGGAAAAUGUACAAACAGAAGCCACGGUCAUGGGUGGGUACGCCCCAAGUGGCUCAUCGUUGGCACCCAGGCGCAGUGGACGUCGCCAAUCCUCCAUUUCAGCUCUGAACGAUCCGUUGGGUUUGUUUGCCACUCCGGCGGAAGACAAACCGGUGCGCCGUGAAUCACGACCGUCGGCCAAAAAAGGUGGAGCAGAUUGGUUAGGAUUGAAUGAAGAUAACAAUUCGAAUGAAGUCGAUUCGGUUCCAGCUAUACCGGUACCAAUUAGUAAACCAUUGCCACCGGUGUCCACCACCAACACCACUGGGCCAAUUCCUGCUGCGACAGUAAAAGUUGGCGAAACAGUUGCUCCAGUCAAGCAGGAACUGAAGCCGAAAACGGAAGAAGAUAAAACAAUUCGACCUUUGAUCGUACCUGAUCCUCAGGUAUUCUCAAGUACCUUGCAGUUUGUGAACGCAGAGACGGAAAACGCUCUGCUGGCGAUGGAACAGCAGGACUUUCAGCUGUCCGUCGUUAACCAGAUGAAAAAUCAAGAGAAAGCCCUGUACGAUAUGCAGCAGAAGCAGCGAUCGGUCCUCCAGAAACAGGAAGCACAGUUCAACGAGCUUCUACAGAAGCAACUUCAACGCCACAAUGCCCUGGAGGAGCUCCUGUCGAAGCAGCAGGAGCGAAUUAAUGCCAACAUUCAGCUCAUCAUGAAUCAACCGCCCUCUGCGACACUGCACUCGCGUCUUGAUAGUGGGGCACCGUUUAUCUCCUCGGCAAGUGUGUCACACGAGGCUCAAAUCGAUGAUCCACUAACCAAAGUAGAGCUGCAAACCGACGUGAAGCGAUUGGAAAUGGAAAAGCUUCGGUUGGAAGACCUGAUCGCCAACCUGACAACUAAUCAUGAGCAGGAGCUGUCGUUGCUCGAGGCAAGUUACAAGAAGCAAACGGGAUUUUUAGAAGAAAGCCUCAAGAUCAUGGAAACACGGCUGAAAAAUGACAAUAAGCAGCUGGAAGAGUUUUAUCAAUCGAAAGUGCACACCCUCGAGCUGGAGAAAACGAAGCUGAUCGAAGAUCAUCUCGAGCACGUGAAAGAAAUGGAGGAAAACCAUCGGAAGGUAAUUGAGAAACUGAAGCAAGGCUACGAGGAAAGCUUAGAGCAACUGCGGCAGGAUCAUCGGGAAAUGAUCACCACGAUACGUGAAUCGAAGCUGCUCGAGUUUUCCGUCGUCCAGGAGAACCAAUCCUACCUACAGGUGCUGAAGAAUGCCUCGAGCUACCUGGAGAACGCAUCGGGCGAUCUGCAGCAGCUGCGUGACACAUUGCAGGAUCAGAUAGAGUUCAGUCAGAAGGAGAAAGACUUGCAGUUGAAGGCACGCGAGAAGCAACUCGACGAUCAGCAGAGACUUCUGGAGCGAACACGUGAGUCGACCAAUGAAGAGAAGGUUCGUCUGCUGUCUUUGGUGGAGCUGUUGGAGAGCAAAGUAACAGAAAUGACAAAGGUAUCGUCACAAGAACGUUGGGAAUAUCAGCAAAAGUGCGUCAAGCUCGAAGCGGAAAGGCAAGGCUUCGAGAAGGAAAAACAAUUUCUCCGAGAACGGAAUCAGCACGAAGAGGAUCGUAUUGCCGAACUGAAACUGCUGCAAAUGGAGGAGCACAAGCGGUUGCAGGAAAAGCUUGGCCAAGAACGACAAGCGUUACUCGAGGAGAAGGUCAAACUAGAGACGAUGGCUCAACUCCAGUCCAGUAGCGGCCAGCUGAAGGGAACGACCUCGCAAGCGGAAAUAGACGCCGCAAUAAAAGUAACGGAAGAGGCGACCCGGCAAGCGGACAGGGAAAAGGAUCGAUACCUACAACUGCAGCGUCAGUUUGAAACAAAACGACGGGAAUUGCUAUCCCGAGAAGGACAUUUGCGCGAAAGGUCGGAUGAGCUGGAAUCGGCCAUGGAACGAGCCCGGCAGAGGGAACGAAAUACCGAAAACGUGUACCGUAGCGUCCGGAAGGCGGAACAGAACCUGCAACUUAAGAUGCAGCUAGUGCAACGCCAAUUUCGUGAGGUAUCCGAACGAGAAGAUCGUCUGGCGAAGGAAAAGAUCGAACUCAGCAAGGAGCGACUAGAGUUGCAGGCGGUCCGGCGAAAACUACAGCAGACCCGCUGCAGUCUGUGUAGGAUCGGUGAAAAAUCGCAAGAGAUCGGCGAUCUGCUCACGACAAACACCGAUUCCGUGGCCGACGAUCUGAAGCUGGAGGCCAACUUUACCGAAAUGCAGCACCGGUUGGAUAGCACCGGUAUGAAGCUGGACCAUUACUUCGACAGUGAUGUCGAACGGCAGAUGAAACUGUUUCUGCAGCGCAACCGCGUAGAUCAGUUGGAUCUAGCGGACUUGGAUGGUAUCUUGCAAGACGAACAGCAGGAGCGGCCAAGGGCCGCUGGGGAUGAACCUGUUAUGUUCAAAUUAGACGCCCUCCUAUCGCCAGUAAACUUCGAGCCAGAUCAGAGCCACGAUCAAAAGUGAAUGAAUCGUUUUAGGCAAUCAACACAAGAGGAUCUGCAUUAGAAUCUGUUUCCAAAUCGUUUGCAUCAGAAAGAGUUUCAUUUAGAAUUAGCGGCCACCGUCACACUCGUGAGUUAACAGACUGAUAGAUAUAAGUUAAGAUGAAUAAAUUAAAUAAUUUUGAACGGUGA